AUGGCUCCGCAUAAUGACGCAGAGAAGCUCUCCAUUACGGACUUUGUGGUCGAAAAGGUCUUGGAUGAUUCGUCCGAAGCGGACAUGGCAGUUGACACUGGAGGAGAAACCGCAGAUGUGGCGGAUGUCCAUGUUGAGGCCGCCAUCGACCCCGUUACCACGAGCAAUUCCUUUACGACCAGGUCUCCAACAGUUGAUGGCACGGGCGGUCGAUCCAAUGAGCAGACGGAGGUAGACGCCGAGAAACGAAUUGAAGAUGCUGUCGAUGGCCAUACGGAUGCCGCCGUCAACCACUUGACUACAGGUUCAAUCGAAGAAGAACUUUCGGAUGAUGUUUCUGAAGCAAGCACGAUGAUCCUCUCGAACAAUAGGAACGAUGGUGCGAACAAUGUCAACAAGAGCCAAGAUCGCACUCGAAAUAAGGAAAACAAAGAACCGCGUCUUCUGCUAAGCCUACCUGACGAAAUUCUCCUCAACAUCUUUGGCAAAGCAGUUGGAGCGGGAGGAAAUGUGCUCAUUCAAGGUACAAAAGGCGACGACAUCACGAACACCCCUAACCAUUUCGUCAUUGCCGACCAUUCCUUUGGUGGAACAUAUAUCACCAACUACAUGGCGCUCCGCCUCACCAAAAAGAAGGUCAGGGACCUCUCAGACGAAGCCUUCUGGCGGAAGAAUGACUUCGAAUUCCACGACGGCGGCGCGGUGUCCUCUUUCUUCGACCGAAUGCAACCCGGUCCCGAGUUCCUUGGCGGCAUCCGAAACAUAACACUCAACGUCAUGGAUAGAUGCUCGCAUUAUUUCUUGCAUUAUCUCGAGUUCGCUCCCAAUCUGCGCCGUCUCACAAUCCAUGGUUCUUCUUAUGUGUACGAGGCAGGAAAUGCGCAAGACGAGUUUGAGAGACAGUGCCGGAGAAAGUUCCAUAAAUACGUGCAGGAUCAUGUAAAGGAUUUAUUCAUGCCACUUCGCGAAGCCCGCGGGAAAGGUCGAUUUGAGAUUGUCUUCGAUGCGCUGUGCAAGGGCCGCAACGAGCGGUUCCACGAUCUGCUGCGGCGAGCGCAGUGGUACGGAGGGGCAGCCGGCGCUAUGCCGCUCUCGUUGAAGGACAUUCGGUUUCGAGCCAAGCUCAUAAACGAAGAGUUCAAUAGCAUGGUCGUGAGCAUGGAGAAUGAGAUCCACGAGGCCGAGAAUACGAACGAGGGAGGCGAUGUAUCUGAACAGUCGUAG